AUGAGUAUUCAAGACGGAAGUGUCAAUGACUUGAUCCUAAUGGAUAAGAACUAUCUCCACCGUAUUCAACUUCGCAAGGAGAUUAUGAAAAAUCAUCCAGAACAUGUUAUAGCUGCAGAGGCUGUCGCCAAAUCUGCCGUAAAUGAGUUUUACACCUGGCUACUGGGGAUCUAUCUCCCGACUCGCUACCCUCGAAUGUUCCAAUCAAAGUCCAUAAAAGGAAGAGUGUUGUAUUUGCAUAACAUUUCAACAAACGAGAAUCUUCCCCUCAUCCCCCCGGAAAAUCCAUUGGAUUCUUUACAGAUAUUAGGUGGACUCGUUGAUGAAGACUUUCUCUUCUUGCUUCCUUCUGACGACGGGGAUGGAUAUACACUCAAGGCAUUUGUGACAUGCUUCCCCAAUGGAUUUGACACGUUGAAGAAGUUGAAUCUCAAACUAAGAGAUAUCCAUAAACCUGUUCCACAUUAUAAGGAGAAGCUGGAGAAAAGUAUGGAUCGCUAUUUUGACAAGAUGAAAGUGGGGAAAUUCAUGCGACGUGCAAAUUGGGCAAUUCAACCUAACGAACAGUUAUUCAAGGUGGCCGGAAACCAUUUGUAUGAGGGUGACAAUAUUCCUGAAGAAGAAUUUGAUAUAAAUAGAAUGCGUCUCCGUGUUGAAAGGCAAUACUUGCACCGCUUGCCUCAAAGCAGAGCUCUACUUUUCUCAUUUAAGACUCUGCUGUAUACACUUCCUGAGAUUAAGAAUGAGGGACUUGCAGAGGAUCUUGUUGAGGCAAUCAAUGGGCUCAGGCAAGGAAAUGCCCCCGGUUUCCAUUUCUACAAGAGGGCUGCUGUGUGGGGAGAAUUUGUGAAAGCUUAUUUGCGCAGUUAA